CACGCCCGCAGAGCCGGGGGUCGCGGCGGGGCCGAGCAGCGCGGCCCAUUCGCCCCGGAGGAGCCCGAGCUGGGAUUCCAAGAGGAAAAUUUUCUUGACUUUGUUUGGGCAGUCCUUGAGGAUGGCAAGCAAAGGACCCACAGCUUCUGCAUCAACAAAGAGCUCCAGUACUGGAGGGACCAGUGGCAGCAGCAGCAGUAAUGGCUCUGGGGACAGCACUAAUCAGGACAACACUUUUGAAUGCAACAUCUGUUUAGACACUGCCAAAGAUGCAGUUAUCAGCUUGUGUGGGCACCUCUUCUGUUGGCCUUGUUUACACCAGUGGCUAGAGACCAGGCCAAACAGACAAGUGUGUCCUGUAUGCAAAGCAGGAAUCAGUCGAGAUAAAGUUAUUCCUCUCUAUGGAAGAGGUAGCACUGGGCAGCAGGACCCCAGAGAGAAAACUCCACCACGACCCCAAGGACAGAGACCUGAACCAGAGAACAGAGGGGGAUUCCAGGGCUUUGGGUUUGGUGAUGGUGGCUUCCAGAUGUCCUUUGGAAUUGGGGCGUUUCCCUUUGGUAUAUUUGCAACAGCCUUCAACAUAAACGACGGGCGACCUCCUCCAGCUGUUCCAGGGACUCCUCAAUAUGUGGAUGAGCAGUUCCUUUCCCGCCUCUUCCUGUUUGUGGCACUGGUGAUAAUGUUCUGGCUGUUGAUUGCAUAAGUCUUUUCCAUUAUUCUAUAUAUUCAUGACCAACAAGGCCACUGAAACAGUUACAAACUGCAUCCCCAUCCCAUUUUAAACCUCUUGGUGUCUGGUUCCAUAGCUACCUAUGGGCUUCAGGAAUUGGUGGUACCACAGCACAAUGAGGAAUCUCACAUUUUGCACCAGAGUUGGUAAUUAAAACAUUGGUUUAAAAGUGUAUUUCAGCUCAGAUAUCUUGUACAACAGGUUCCUGCCACAAACCAUGGGCCUAGCGUUGAGCUGCUCUCCAAAAGGGAGUGCUGCUUUGAAAUCCUGUGCCAAUCAGUGACACCAGGCCUGUGGGAUACACAGUUAUCCCAACAGACUGGGCAGGUAAGGAAGCUUCUCCAGUGUGACCAGUAUCUCCUGCUUUGCAACCACGAUGGAUCUGCCAGAGCUGCAGAUGUUGUUUAAUGUCUCCAUCAACAUCUGACCUUCUCCAGGAAAUCAUCCCCAGCUCUGCUGGGACUCUCUGGGGCACAGCACGUGAUGCAGGCAGAGCCAGCUCUGGAGACUGGUUCCGGUUUCUUUUCCGUCUGUUAUUUCCCAGCGUGGUGGAAAACCCUUCCUGAUGGUUCUCAUGGCUGUUAGAAGAAGGGAUACAAAUUUAUGCUGCAAUUUUUUAAAGCCUGAGCAUGCUGGAGCCAGACCCUGGAAGAUUCUCUGGCUGUGGAGCCAGGUGGGGCUGCUGGAGGCAGCCCAGUUCCUCACUGACAAACAGUGUUGUUUGUGUUCCCCGGCUCUGUGCAGCACCUGGGCUGCACUCCUGGAUAAUCCCCUCCCAACCUCGUCACUGUAGCGACAUUUAUCUUCCUCAAGGCUUUGAGACUUUCUACACAAGGUCAUGUACUCCAGAUAAAAUCCUAUUACAGACCUGAGAUCAGCUUGUCUGGGGAGAGGAACAAAAGGCAUCUUUACGUGAGUUUUGAGGUAAAACUUGUCAUUCUGUAAAAUGACACAGGAGGAGCCCUGAGAUCCUGCCUUUGCCAGCACAUGCUCAGUAGGGAACGUUUGGAGACCUUCUCUCUGCAGGUGCACACAGACCCUCUCCCAUGCCACAGCAGGACAGCUGCAGCACCACAGUCUCUGCAGCUAAAAUCUACCAAAGAUUUUAAUUUGAAGUGCUGGAGGAGACCACAACCAUUAAUGUGCUGAGGGGAUAUUGCAGAAGGUGAGCAAUCUGCAGCCGCUUUGGAAUCCUGUUGGGUAUUCAGCUUUAAAGAGUACUCCUGAUGUAUUUGUGUAGAUUCCUUCAAAACAGGUAUGAGAGAUUCCCUAGCAAGAUGAACAGUUCAUAUUUCUCUGACUAGGCAAUUCCAUUUCUUUUUCUCUUACUGUUUUUAGAUUUUUUUGAUUCCGGUCGCUCGUACUCAUGAUGAUUUCCUGCAAGAUGAAUGUUGUGACUUCCCUGGCAGUAGACAGAAAAACUGAAAGCAAAUCAAUUAAUAGAAACUUUGUUUCAGUAGCUUGGGAUUUUUAGUGUAUGGCAGAGUUUCCUGGGCAGGACACCUUUAAUUAAUUGUUAUAGAAGUUUAUUUAUGUAAUUAUAAACUGUUUCCUUUUAGUGUCAAGACGGAGUAUGACUGAAGUUUAACUUGCCUACCUCCAAAAUUCCAUCUGGCAAGUAGAAUGUUGCAAAGCUUCUGCAGUGUUUUGUCACGUCAGAUUUAUACCUGACUCAAUAACCUGACAGAAUAUAUUGCUCAACUAUUUAUAGUUGAGGUGGUGCUUCAGCUUUUGCUGUGCGACACUUGUGAGUAGCUGAACUUUGGCAAAGGGUUCUUCUCAAUGUGUAACUUGGUAACUGGGGCCCUUCCCAGGAGCAUGGGCUGUUUGGUUUGGUUGUCCUACGAUGUCGCAGCUUUGGGUUCCUCUCCUGCGCAGUCAGCACCACCUGCUGAUGGGAAGGGAAGGUUCAUGUGACGGUAAGGGAUGGAUUCCUUCUCCUUUUGGACGGAGAAACUCGAUGCUGAGAGGUUAUGCAGGGAGGAGAAAGGUAGCUUUUUGAAGCCUUUAUCCCAUAAAGAGGAUAGAGAAGUGACUGCAAUAGAUUCAAGAGGUACUGAAAUAUAUUUAAUUAAUACAUUUUAAAAACCAGAAUUUUAAUGGAUCGGGGGUGGGGAUUUCCAUCUAGAAGUGAGAGAGAUAAUGGAUUUAUCCAUUAUCUAUCUAGGACUGAGAGAGAUAAUGGAGAAGGCUGCAGAAGCAUGACUGAGAGCUCUUAUUUUCCGGCAAUUCAAGGAUGAAAUAGUCUAAAAGUGUUAACGCUUGGUUCCCCCUUUCCCUGGUGUGCUUUUGUAUGUACCCCUUCCCGUAACCCGACCGCACGCGGCCCGGACGGCUCGGUUAGUGCGUUACCGUUCCUCCUCACUAAUUUUCACUGUUGUGAAAGUGAUUUAGAAUUAAAAAAUGGUUUUACAUUGA